CUGGAAGUUCAUGCUAUCGAUGAGGAAGGUCUUCCUUCCAGAGAGACUGAUUCUUGCCCGCCAACGAUUGUGGUUGGUAGGGAAGAUGACAAGAAGAAUAUCAUUCAACUGCUGCUGAAUUCCAACCGUGAAGCCAAUAUUUCUGUUGUCCCAAUUGUUGGGAUGGGCGGACUGGGGAAGACUACUCUUGCUCAGCUCGUAUUUGAUGACGAUCAAGUCAAAGCUCACUUUGAUAUCAAAGCUUGGGUCUAUGUUUCACUUAACUUUGAUGUCAAAGUGAUUCUUGGCAAGAUGCUACGAUCAAUAGAUCGUCAAAUUCAGGCUGGUUCCGAGUUGGAUGAUUUGCAAGCUCAACUCCGAGAAAAAAUCAGAGGCAAGAGGUUUUUAUUCGUAUUAGAUGAUGUCUGGGAGGAGACCAGCCAUAGUUGGGAGGCUUUGGGAAAAUAUUUGACGAUUGGUGCUCUGGGAAGCAAAGUGCUGGUGACUACUCGAUCCACAAAAGUGGCUGAGGUUGGCGGUGGAGCUCUGAAGUUGGAAACAAAUGCCAACAUUGUGGAACCUUAUUGCUUGAAAGGCUUGUCAGAAGAAGAGUGUUGGAACUUAUUGGUGAAAAAGGCCCUCCCUAGGAAAGUCCCACGGGACCCACAAGUUCGAGAAAUCGGGAAUCAAAUAUUGAGGAAAUGUGAUGGAGUUCCUCUCGCUGUGAGCACCAUAGCUGGUGCGUUGGUAGAUUCAAGUGAUCCAAAGACGGAUUGGCCGUCUUUUCUACAAAAGGGCCUUUGGAGCAUCAUCAAAGAAGGAGAAGAAGAUCCUACUAAGUCAGCUCUUCUACUUAGUUUCAACCAUCUCCCUUCCUAUAUGAAACAUUGUUUUACUUAUUGUACAUUGUUUCCCAAGGGGUUGGAACUGCCCAUUAAAUUGUUGGUCCAGUUUUGGGUAGCACAAGGGUACGUCGAGUCGGACGAUAAAGGCUUUGACUGCUUCAGAACGUUGUGGUGGAGGUCAUUCUUCCAAGAGGUGCAAAUGGACGAGCUGGGGAAUAUGUCGCUAUGCCGAAUGCACGAUUUGAUGCACGAUCUAGCUGAUUCAAUCGCGGCGGGAAAAAUUGUAAGAAGUUCGACUUCAACCGUUCUGAAAAGUAUUCCUUCGAAGACUCGUCACUUGUUGAUAUUGGAUAACAACAGUGAUGAUGUGGGCGUGGAGGACUAUGGUGAUCUGGAACGAGGUGUACGUAAAGUGCGAACUCUUAUAUGUGGAAAAUCUCUUUCGAACAAAGAACUUGAGCAAGUCAUUAAUAACUUCUUACGCCUGCGCAUACUGGUCGUUGCCGAAGAACAUUCAAACUCAAAUGGUGAAGAAAGUUCUAUCUUUGAUGCUUCUACAUUAUUGAGUUCUCUUGAUAAAUUGAAGCAUUUAAGAUACCUUGCUCUUCAAUGUGCUGGAAGGAAAAAGCUUUCAAACUCGGUCACUAACUUAGUAAAUCUGCAAGUGCUAAAGCUCACGAAUGUUUGGUUGUUAGAAGAAUUGCCGAGGGAUACUAGGAUGCUUGUUAAUCUGAAGCAUCUUGAGGUCAUUGGUUAUGAAGGCGCGAGGCUUCCUAAUUGGUUGUCUGGCCUCACAAAUUUGGUUGAGUUUUUGGUAAAAGAUUGCAAGCAAUGUGAGUACCUCCCGCCACUUCAUCGGAUGUCGAGUUUGAAGAAGCUCAAAAUUGAAGGUUGUCCAUUGUUGAAAGGCAUCGAUAAUGAUGCUGAUCAUUUUAAGUCUUCUACCUACAACAUAACAACAAGAUCAUCGAUAGAGGAAGAAGAGUAUUGUGAUUGGCCUAGGUUUCCUUGUCUUGACUACUUGUGCAUUAAGGAUUGCACAAUGCUAACUCAACUGCCCAUGUCUACUGUUGAAGGCGAGCUGGAGUUGGAAAAUGUGAGCUUGGCACCACUUGCUAGGGUCUUGAAGAUGAGGAGAGGGGGAGGAGGAGGUGGUGUUGAUUAUUCGGAUGGAUAUGCAUACGAUGAUACAAAUAUUCAUCCUCUUCUUCCUGCUUCUUCUACUUAUUCUUCAGUCUUGAUCCACCCCCUCUCCAAGAUGACUAGGUUGACCUUAUACAAAAUCGAUGAUGAUCUUGAAUCCCUUCCGCAUCUUGAUUUGAGCAGUUAUCUCAUCUCUCUGCGGCAGUUGAGGGUUCUUAGAUGCAGUCAAGGUGUGAAGCUACCUGGUUCGUUGUGUUCCAGCAUAUGCUUAACAGAGAUCUUGUUAUAUGAGUGCAGAACAAUAGAGUACCUGCCACCCCUACACGAACUCCCAUGUCUGAGGGUGCUAAGUAUUGAGUAUUGUCGGGAGCUAAAGGGAUGCUGGUGGAAGAAGAAGAAGGGGAAUAAUGAUGAUGAUGAUGAUGAAUUUCGAUCCUUCAAAGGAUAUAGAUGGAGAGGACAAUGGAGGUGAGGAGACGGAGGAGUGGCCGCAUUUCCCUCGCCUCUCCAGGUUGGCGGUCACAGAAUGCCCAAAGCUGACUCGGAUGCCUCUAUUUCCAACCAUUGAAGGCGAGUUGAGGCUGCAGUUUACCAGCACACAGGCACUAGUGCGGACAAUGAAGAUGAAACCAGUAGUUGAUCAUCAUUAUCUUGACUCUCCACAACAUUCUACUUCUUCUUCUUCAUCGAUGAGUGCUUCUCUUGUCCCUCCUCUCUCUAAGUUGAAGCAUUUGUUCCUUGUUGCGACUGACUUGGAAUCUCUACCAGAAGAAGGCCUCCGCAACCUCACCUUUCUCGAAAAUUUAUCGAUAUACUGGUGCCAAAGCCUAGCAUGUCUGCCUCCGGCAAUGCAACACCUCACCUCUUUACAAAGUUUAAGCAUUUGGGACUUUGCACAGUUGCUAGAAAGAUGUGAGGAGGAAGACUGGCCCAACAUUUCUCACAUCCCAUACAUCCAGCUCAAUGGAAAGACACUCCAAGGUCCAAGUUCGGGGUUCCUUUCAUGAGAUCGAUUUCACAUCCGCUUCUUUAAAGUUAAUUACAUCGACGAGAGCAGGUCGAAAGUCUGGGCGAGGCCGAGAAUUCUCUUUGUCGAUUAAAUAGGGUCAAUGGAUACGACUUACAGGAGUGCAAACCCCACUGGGAUUAAGACUUCGAAAUGUAUGCUGGUAAACUCCACAAAUGUGGAGGCAAUCGACGAGCUAUGCCGAUGGAAUUUCAGCUACUUGGUCUAUUUGAGCUUGAGAAGCAAGCAGCUUAUGAACUGAAAAGCCAAUGGCUUUUUGCCCUUUCGAUGGUUGGAGCUUGGAAUGAAGAGAUGGGCACUCGUCAGCAGCCCAACUUGAAGCCUGCGGUAUGGUGUUUUCAACAAUUCAUCAGACAAAGAAGGAUUGUUGGGUUGGCAGUCAGUCUGUUCCAGUCACCAAGCUACUGUAUAGUUCCCUCUUUCUUCUUCUUCUUCUUCUAGAAGCAGCAGAGAGUGAGAGAUGGAGAUGGACAGUAGUUGCAGGAGCUUCCAAGCAGGAUUCCCGGGAAAUUCAAUAUUCGGCAACCGACUUGGCCUUGGAGCAGAUUGGACUCCUGUGGAAUUUCAAGCGCGAGCUUCGUAAGUUGAAGGACACGGUCUCCAGAAUCCAGGCCGUGCUCCAUGACGCAGAAGAGAAGCAAUUCCGCAAUCACCAGGUCAAAGACUGGCUCGGGAAGCUCUCUGACGUCAUGUAUGAUGCCGACGAUCUGCUCGAUGAUUUCUCUACUGCGGCUCGCAGAAAGGCCAUGCUAGCGGCAGCAACAACAACAGAUGAUGGUGGUGGUGGUGGUGGUGACAGGAGAAGGACCACAGCAACGACUUGUUGGAGUUUGGUAUGCUUUCUGUGCUCCUCACUUCCACAACAAUUGUGGUACGAUCUUACGAUGGCGAAUGCUAUCAAGGCAAUCAGAGAGAAGCUUGAUGAUAUAUCAAAAGACAAGGAGACCUUGCAUCUGGAAGUUCAUUCUGUCGAGGAGGGCGAAACUCUUCAUUCCAGCAGGGAGACUGAUUCCUGCCCACCCACAAUUGUUGUUGGGAGGGAAGAUGACAAGAAGAAUAUCAUUGGAUUAUUGCUGAAUUCCAAUUCUGAAUCCAACAUUUCAGUUGUACCAAUUGUUGGGAUGGGCGGACUGGGGAAGACUACUCUUGCUCAGCUUGUAUACGAUGACGAUCAAGCAAACAGCCACUUUGAUAUCAAAGGUUGGGUCUAUGUUUCACAGAGUUUUGACGUUAAAGUGAUUCUCGAAAAGAUGCUGAGAUCAAUAGACCGUGAUGCUCAAGCGGGUCCUGAGUUGGACGAUUUGCAAGCUCAACUCCGAGAAAAAAUCAAAGGCAAGAGGUUUUUGUUCGUAUUGGACGAUGUUUGGGAGGAGACAGGUCGAAGUUGGGAGACUUUGGGUAAGUAUUUGACGGUUGGUGCUCCUGGAAGCAAAGUGUUGGUAACUACUCGAUCCACUAAAGUGGCAGAGGUUGGUGUUGGAGCUCUAAAGUCCGAAACAAGUACCAGCAUCGUGAAAUCUUAUUACUUGAAAGGAUUGUCAGAAGAAGAGUGUUGGAAUUUGUUGGUGAAAAAGGCCCUCCCAGAAGGAGUCCCGCAAGACCCACAAUUACAAGAAAUUGGUAAACAAAUAUUGAGGAAAUGUCAUGGGGUUCCUCUUGCCGUGAGCACCAUAGCUGGCGUGUUAGUAGAUUCGACAGAUCCGAGCACCCAGUGGCCAUCUUUUCUUCAAAAGGGUCUUUCAAGCGUCAUGAGAGGAGAAGAAGAUCCUAUUAUGUCAGCUCUCCAGCUCAGCUUCAAUCAUCUCCCUUCCCACAUGAAACAUUGCUUUACUUAUUGUAAGUUGUUUCUGAAGGGUUUUCGAUUUGAUAUUCAAACGUUGGUCCGACUUUGGGUUGCACAAGGGUACAUUGAGUCCGAAGAUAGAGGCUUCGACUGCUUCAAAACGUUGUGGUGGAGGUCAUUUUUCCAAGAGGUGUGGGUGGAUGAAUUGGGGAUUAUCUCAACAUGCAGAAUGCAUGAUUUAAUGCAUGAUUUAGCAGAUUCAGUAGCGGGAGAAAAGAUCGUGAGAAGUUCAAGUUUAACUAUUCUAAAAAAUAUUCCUUUGAAGACUCGUCACUUGACAAUAUCAGCUGACGAUAGUGAUGAACCAGUAGAUUGUGGUGAUGGGUGGGGAAACAUAAGCAAGGUACGGACUCUUAUAUGUUUCAAAUCUCUUUCAAACAAUGAACUUGAGCAAGUGCUUAAUAACUUGUUACGUGUGCGCGUGCUGAUCAUUGCUAAAAGAAACCCUAAUUUUGGUGAAGACAGCUCUGUCUUGGAUGCUUCAACAUUACCGAUUUCUUUUGAUAAAAUGAUGCAUUUAAGAUAUCUUGCUCUCUGUUGCACUGAAUGGAAAAAGCUUCCAAACUCUAUUACCAACUUGGUUAACCUGCAAGUGCUUAAGCUCAUCGAUGGAAAGUGGCUAGAAGAACUACCAAGGGAUACCAAGAAGCUUGUUGAUUUGAAGCAUCUCGAGCUCGAUCCGGUAUGUCCAGCAUAUUUGACCCAUAUGCCAAAAGGGAUUGGAGGGUUGAAGUUCCUUCGAACAUUACCGGUGUUUGCGGUAGGCAAAAGGAGCAACAAUGGUAAUCACCAGAGGCAGGGGGCAGGGUUGGAUGAGUUGAAAGGGUUGAAUGCAUUGUAUGGAGAGUUGACCAUCAAAGGCUUGGCAAAUGCCGACUCUCCAAGACAAGGUUGCUAUGUCUUGAAGGAGAAGCCACAUCUGCAGUCCCUCAAUUUGUAUUUGGGCUCAUCUGAUGACAAAGUUGAUGACGUUACUUUCUUGUCUAAUCGCGAUGAAGGGAUACUGGAAAUGCUUCAGCCAACACACUCUAAUUUGAAGAAAUUGAGGAUACACGAUGUUUUCGAAGGCGCGAAGCUUCCGAUCUGGUUGUCUGGCCUCACGAAUUUGGUCGAGUUCGUAUUGAAAGAUUGCAAGCGAUGUGAGGACCUCCCGCCAUUGCAUCAAAUGUCGAGCUUAAGGAAGCUUGCAAUUAAGAACUGUCCAUUGUUGAAGGGCAUCGAUAACGACGACGAUCAUGACGAGUGGCCUCGGUUUCACAACCUUUCCUACUUGCGCAUUCGGAAUUGUCCAAGCCUAAUCCGGUUGCCCACUUUCCCUACGGUCGAAGGCAAGCUUGUGUUAGAAAACGUGAGCUUGGCUCCAUUUUCCAGGACCAUGAAGAUGAGGAGAGGAAGAGAAGGACAUUCCAAUGAAUAUGCCUGUGAUACUACAAAUAUCCAUCCUCUUAUCCCUUCUUCUUCAACGUCGGUCCACCCUCUCUCCAAGUUGACCAAGUUAACCUUAAAAAGGGUCGAAGAUGAUCUUGAAUCCAUAUCUGGUCCUGAUUUGAGCAGCUGUCUGGUCUCUCUUCAGGAGUUGAAGGUUCAGAGAUGCAUACAAGGCAAGAAGUUACCAAGUUCGUUGUGUUCCAGUGUAUACCUUACGGAGAUCUUUUUAUCUUGGUGCAUAACUAUAGAGUACCUGCCACCCCUACAUGAACUCCCAUCUUUGAGGGGGCUAAACGUUGAGUACUGUUUUCGGCUGAAGGGGUGUUGGUGGAAGAAAAAGAAGAAGACGGCGGGGAAUGAUGAUAACGAUAAUCACAAGGAUGAUGGUGAUGAUCAUUAUUAUAACUUCGACCCUUUAAUCCAACAAGACGAUGAGGAGAUGGAGGAGUACUGGCCCCGAUUCCCUCGUCUUUCCAGACUGCAAAUCACAGGUUGCCCAAUGCUGACUCUGAUGCCUCUGUUUCCAACCGCUGAAGACAACUUGACGUUGGUAGGAACGAGCUCACAGGCACUAGAGCUCACAAUGAAGAUGAAACCAGUAGCGGCUCAUCAUCAUUUCGACUCUCAGCAACAUUCUACUACUUCGGCAACAACAACAACAACAAGCACCACCACCGACGCUCCCUCUUCUAGCUCUUCGUUGCCGAGGACUGCCCUUGUCGCUCCGCUUUCUAAGUUGACGCACUUGAAGCUUUGGCAUAUCUACGACUUGGAAUCUCUACCAGAAGAAGGCCUCUGUCACCUCAGUUCUCUCAUAGACUUGGAGAUACAUGAUUGUCCAAAAUUAGCAACCCUGCCUCCAGCGAUGCGACGCCUCACCUCUUUACAGUUCUUGGACAUCGACAAUUGCGCACUGUUGACAGAAAGGUGUAAGCAGGAAGAUUGGCCCAACAUCUCCCACGUCCCAUGCGUACUGUUGAACAAAGAGAUGGUUCAGGAUACAGAGGGAAGAGGUAAAUUUGACUGCCUCUUGUGGAGGUCGAUGAUGAGGAAAGGGGGAAUGGGUAAAUUUGACGGCCUCUUGUGGAGGUCGAUGAUGAGGAAAUUGUAGCAGCUUUUAUGUACAAGUUGAGGAGAGUGCAGUCGAGCCUCCAACCGGAUAGUUCAAGGCCUGCAUUGUCCUGCUGGGGAACUACUACAUAUUCAGAUCGAAUCCCGGCGUCUUCGGUAUAUCGAUUGCAAUCGGUGGCAUGUCUGGUUUCACGAAUCUUAAUCUGCAGAAUGUCAAGUAUUCGUCGCAAACAGUGCCUUAGAGAGCAUCAUGGAAAGACAAAUCCAGGUUGAGCGAAGAGAACGGAGGAGACGCUAGUAAUGAUGAAUAUGGGGAGGAAUCUGUGUAAUUGACUGACAGCAGUAGUUUUUCUUUCAGUUACUUGUGACUUAUUAUAUCCAGGGACAGCGGAAAGCCCACUCUGUGUUCGACAAUGGAGAGUAGACGUUACAAUGGUUCUUGCUAAAACCAUACCCAUCUCAUCUCGUCAAAUUUUCGUAGAUUUUACUCAUACACAUUCUAAGAGGAAUUUUUCAUGUUGACGCGAUUGCGAUCGUGG